AUGAACACCUUCGUCAUCACCUGCCUCCUCUGCUUAGUACUUUUGAGUGUUCUGGGCACCCAAGAAUCCGAGGCGUCGUCCUCGGGUGAGCUCGGCAGCGUGACGUUAGGAUCGGCCUCGGGGGAGGGCCUCCAAGUCGUGCGGGGCAAUGUCGAAUACGACGACGUGGACGUCGAAGCGCUCGCAAGUGAAUUUCUGCGCGAUGACAGGAAAAAGAGAAAAGGCAAAGGCAAGAAGAAGAACAAGCAGAAGAUCAAGAGCACCACCGCGUUCAACCCCGAGCACACUUUGUCCACUCAAGGCCAGACGUCCACCUUGUGGACCACUGAAGACCCCUGCACCUCUACCCACUUGGAGUACUGCAUCCAUGGCUUCUGCCAGCGUAUGGAAGGUCUGCAGGAACCCGUUUGCAUCUGCAACAAGGGCUACGACGGCGAGCGCUGCGAGACCCAAGCGUUGGGGACCAAAUCAGAGCGGGCCGGCGACACCAAUUGGGUCCAGAUGGGCUUGGUCAUCACCGCCAUGGUUCUGUCCAUUGUCAGCUGCGCCGCAGUCAUGCUUAUGGCUUGCGCUCAUUACAGAUCGCAAAAGAACUUUCUGGCAUCCUACUUGGGAAGUUGGUCGGAGCAGCAGAAGCUCCAGAAACCGUCCGGCAAUGUCGUGGUGUGA